CGGGCCUCUUGAUCGGACGGGUCGUUUAUUGCUGUCGAGCCAAUCGUCGCUGAAUCAACAGCCCCAUCAAUGAGCUCGAAUCAAAGUGUCGAUCCAUGGAAGGUUCAAGAGGGGACGUUGACGAUGUUCGUCGCCGAGGUGGUCGGGACGGCCAUUCUGAUAUUCAUAGGCUGCAUGGGUUGCGUAGGUUCGCUUGGGACUGCACCCCCGCCUCCCAUGCAAGCUGCGUUCACUUUUGGCUUGACCGUCAAUCUCUUGAUCAUGACUUUUGGCCACGUAAGCGGAGCUCACCUCAAUCCAGCCGUGACUCUUGGCGCGGUCAUGAUUGGCCUCAAGUCCAUCCCGACGGGGAUUUUUUAUGCCAUUGCCCAAUUUAUCGGUGCCAUCGUUGGAUACGGUAUGAUAAAGAUAGUGACCCCGGUGCACCUGAUGAACGACGGUAACCCGGACUCGACGGCGCCGCUUUGCGUGACUGUCGUCCACCCGGGGAUAUCGAUAGCCCAGGCGAUCCUGAUCGAAGUCCUCUGCACGUCUCUCAUCCUCCUCGGCGCCUGUGCCACGUGGGACCCGAGGUGCGCGCACACCACCGACUCAACGGCCCUCAGAUUCGGCAUGGCCGUCGCUGCCAUUUCCUUCGCCGCGAGCCCGUACACAGGCUGCAGCAUGAACCCGGCGAGGACGUUUGGUCCUGCGCUUUGGAACGGAGCUUGGGAAAAUCAGUGGAUUUACUGGGUAGGGCCCAUGUUGGGAGCUGCCAUCGGCACACUGGCCUACCAAGUUCUGUUCGCCGAAGCGCCGAAGGACUCGGUGGAGCCCCAAGACUACGAGUCCUACAAAAUCAAACAAGUUCGAGUACCAGAAUGCGACAAUCUAAUCCAAGAAUGAUGUUCCAUCGGGAUUUUCAGGGAUUAAUGAAAAGUCACUUCGUACUCUCUUGGGUAUGCUUCAGUCAUCUAUGCAGUGUACAGUAUAUUAUGGCUUCGCUCAUUGAAACAACUACGAAACGCACAUUGAUUUUUUUUGUUUUUUUUUUUGGAAAUCCGUUAUAUUAAAGUGAUUUUCAAAAGCACUAUG